UAGUCGGGAUGUGUGCGGCGCCCCCGCUCGACGCCCAUUCAAUCCCUGUUCAUUCACUCCGGCUCACAGCGAUCGCGUCGUCCGGUCGCGUGGGUGGCUCGUUGGAGGUCGUUUUCGAACGCGGUCUCUACUUUCGCGCGCGAAUUCCAUUCCGGAAAUGACUUUUGUUUUUUAACUUAUUUCGUGAUGCUGCCGGGAUUUUUUUAAAAAUUAGUGUUAUUUCUUUUUCACAAUGGGUGAGCAAACCUUUUCGAUACCAGAUGACCAUUUGGAACAGCAUAUCGUUACGUUGUUUGAAAAGUUGGAGUGUUUACGUAGUAAUGCGAACACGAAUGACGCGGCGUUGCCAGGACGGGUGCCGGCUAGGAUGGAAGUGAGGACCUUGUCUUUGUGGAAGGCAGUGGUGGCGGAGUGCGCGGCUUCGUUCCUGUACGUGUUCAUAGUGUGCGGCGCGGCUGGCGGCGCCGGCGUCGGCGCCUCUGCCUCAGCUGUGUCUUUGGCCACCGCUCUAGCUUCGGGCUGUGCCAUCGCAACUUUGACAUUGUGCUUUGCCAAUAUUUCUGGAGCACACGUGAGUCCAGGGGUGUCGGUGGCGCUAUGCGUCCGCCGACGCGUGUCCCCGCUGCGUGCGGCGCUGUACGUUGCGGCGCAGUGCGGCGGCGCCAUAGCGGGCGCGGCCGCUGUCUAUGGGGUGAGCGUGCCGGGCUACGCCGGCAGCCUGUCGGCGGCGCUGCCCGGCGCGGGCGCGGCGGCGUGGGAGCGGCUGGGCGCCGAGCUGGUGCUGUCGGCGCUGGUCACCGCCGCCUAUUUCGCGGCCAUGCGGCGCCGCUGGACCGGCGCGGCGCCCGCCCUUCUCGGCGCCGCCUACACUGCUGCCAGCCUCGUCUCUAUGCCCUCGCUGAACCCCGCGCGCUCGCUGGGCCCGUCGUUCGUGCUGUCGCGCUGGGACAGCCACUGGGUGUGCUGGGUGGGCGGCGUGGGCGGCGGCGUCGCCAGCGCGCUCCUGCACGAAUGGGGCUCGCGGAGGCCUCGUACCGGCGCCGGAUCGCGCGCGUCGUCGCCGCGGGACCUCGACGAGCUGGACAAGCCGGCUUUCCCGCACCACUACCGGCACGCGGCCACGUACUGCGCGGCGGCGGCGCCACGCCCUGACACCGCGGAGCCGCUGUACUCCGGCACCAAGUCGCUGUACUGCCGCUCGCCGCCGCCCGCGCGCCACCCGCUGCACAGGUCAGCCGACGGCCCGGCAUGCUGCACGUCCCAAUCAGUGUAUAGUAAAGGCAGCGCGGCGACGGCGGCGACUGCGGCGACGGCGACGGCGGGCGCGCUGGCGCCGGCGCAGUCGCUGCUGCUGCGGCCGCAUGCGCACGCGCACCUCGCGCACAACCAGAACGCGCACAACGCGCAGCGCGACCCUGCCUACGGCGCGCGCCCAGGGCCCGCUGGUGCAGCAGUGUCGGAGCGGCGAGAGUCGGUAUACAGCUCGGGCGCGGGCAGCGCCAGUAUGGGCGCCGGCGUGGGCACUGGCUUGGGCACUGGCUUGGGCGCAGGGGCACGGCGCGGCGCCCUGCCGUCCGACGACAGCGCCUACGGCAGCGGCACCUACCGACCCUACCGACCACACCCCCACACGCCGCCCGAACAUUACUAGCGACGCGCCUCGCAGCACAACAUUGCGCUGCUCUUCGACGUCUAAACUCGUCGACAUCGAAACUAAUUAGUGCACAUCCCGAAUGUGAUCGGAACUCCUUCGAGCUCAUUUGUCAAACGAAACCUACGGAGGGACCGUACUCGACGCUAGUGACGUUUAUAAAUGCCAAAGUGUCUGACUAUUAAAGUGCACGCAGAUAGACUAAUGCCCGUAUUCACAAACGAUGCUUGCUUUAGUGAAGCAGCAAAUCGAACGCACAGCGUUGAAUAGAGCU